UCAAUUUUGUUAUUAAAUAUACUGAAAUAAUAAAAUCAAAUCAAAUAAAAAUGAAGAUACCUAAUAAUUUGCUACUACUAUUCUUUAUUUUUCAAUAUUUUAUCGUAAUUCAAGCUCAAAAGCAUUUCAAUAAUGCUUUUUAUAAAAGGCAUAGUAAUAAUGAUCAUGUUACAAGUUUUAAUAAACAAAUAAAAAAUUCAAUUACCAAUCAUAAUAAUAAUGGUUAUAUUUACGAACGACCUACUGUACCACUUUCUACUACAACAACGCGACGAUCCGUAAUUAAAACUUCAACAACAACAGAGCCAUCAAAGGAAACAGAUUUAGAUGAAAGUGAUUAUGAUUACAAUGUUGCUAUAUCAACAGCUAUUGCCAGAGGUCAACUCGUUUACCUAGGAUAACUUACAGUUUCUAGCAUUAUAAAUUCACGAUAUUACUGGAAUAUUUUAAUGUAAAGAAUUUUAUAGAAAAAAAAAGCUAACCGAAUUUCGAUGUAAUGUAGAUUUAAUAUCACUUUUUUCACGAAUGAGGAAUCCUAAUGUAAUUAUUUGUUUUUUAAUAAAAUUUUGUUAUUGUUUUG